AAGACGCCAAGACUGAAGACAGAGGAAGACUGGUCGCCUCAUCUUCACUGCCACCGGCAGCCGGCCUGACCGUGACACGGCCGCCCUCGUCCCUCCGCGUCGGCGCCGUCCAGCAGGCUGUUCUGCAGUCUGUUACUCUGUUCCAGUUGGAAACACUUCAGGAGACCUAGGAUUUGUGUUUGGAUCAUAUUGGGGCGAACUACAUACCUACAAUUUUGAAAGUUCACCGUAACGAGUCAAGUCCAAGCAAAGCCCAACAAUGGUGGGCACUUCGGGAGGCAAUCCAUUCGCCAAAGAAAUGGCCAUACGGAAGCGCAUCGGCAAUAUAUAUAAUAAAAGAGAAGAGGAUUUUCCAUCAUUACGGGAUUACAAUGAUUAUCUGGAAGAAGUAGAAAAUAUGAUAUGUGAGUUGAUUGAAGGAAUAAAUGUUCCAGCUAUUGAGGCAAAGAUUGCUCAAUACCAAAAAGAAAAUGCAGAACAAAUCAUGAUUUCUCAAGCUCGUAAGGCAGAAGAGUUGGCAGCAGCCUUAAGUAAGGGACCUUUCCGGUUUGAUGGUGAUACAGAGUCUCUUGGAAAUUGCCUCCCAACUCUCGAGUAGGGGUAACGGUCGGGUCGGGUCGGCUAGUAUCCUAAUUCUCGGCUCUCUCGCAUCUGAUCCGAGAAGAUCGCAAACAAUAAGUCGAUCGUAAUUCCCAGGCUGGAUUUCCGAGCUCAAGAAGGAAGUGAGGCAGACAGAACAACGACCCAAUUCAGCUCCAGAGAAGGACGACCGCGAAGUGCCCGAGAGAGAACGACGACCGAGAGAUUGAGAGAAUACGCAGUGACGAUUGGGCUAGACAUCUAAGAUCAAUUGGGCUAGGAAUUUUUUUUAUUUCACGGCGUAAGUCGCCCCAGGCGUACCGACUGGACGUCUAGGCGUCUCUGCGGCGAAGACUAGGCGAGCUCCGGAAAUUAAGUCGAGUCGAAGGAGCAUGGCGAGAAAAAAGUUCCGACUGGACGCCUAGGCGACGCCGUAAUAAUCAUAGCCUAUGAGGCGUGCACCGCGAACAAUUAGUCCUUUUAAACUAAAUUUGGUUUAAGAAUAGGUUUACACUCCACUUUUUGGCCCGACUCUUCCGCCUAUUUCUCUUUUGUGCCCUAUGACCUUACGAGUUGCUGGCAACCUCCUGACUCCCUACUUCUUCUCUGGUCUCUCUGCUUCAACUCUGAGAGGGGCGUUGGUGUCUUGCACGCACAGACGCACCGACACAAGUUCCUUGGACGCAGCUGGUAGGCUUAUCUGGAGUCUGGUUGCAUCCUUUUACCAGGGGGUAUUUUUGGUUCUUUUUGGAGUUUUUUCCUAGUAGGUUUUGAUCUUUUUUUUUCAAACGUUUUUUUCAUCUACAAUACAGAUUUGCAGGCUUGCAGCAAGUCAGCACUCAGCUGUUUAUUCAGUAUAAUUGCUGUUUUUUUAAAAUCAUUUUUUCUGGUAGUCUUGAGUUCUUGUAAGCGCAUUGUGUUCGUGAUGCACAUGCAUCGAUGGCGCAUCGCGCAUCGAGGCACAAGAGCACCUUUGCACAUCGCACUUUAAAAAACUUUGUGUGAUGCAUAUUAUGGAUGAUAGCAGUUAGACGUAGUAAAGACCAUGACACUCUGUUCUUGCUCAUGUCAUCUCCCAAAAACUCCAGUUUCAAAUAGAAAAAGAAGUGGAGGUGAGAGUUAUAGGGCACUUGAGGGAUCGCCAGAUCGGGUAAGUUGGCAAAUGCAAAUCAAGUUAAAAUGACGUUUGUGAGUAAGCAAAACUGAAUCUAAAGAUGGAGAGGGAAGAGAUGAUGCUUUAUCGAUACGAGUGGCUUGUCUUUUUGAGCCAUCAGCAAGGAUAAUGGCAUUAUUGUGAUGUGGUAGCAGUUAGCAUAGAGAAGGGAGGAAAACAUAAAUUUUACAAAGGAAAUACUUUAAGAGCUAAUUAUACAUAUGUGCAUACAGCAUUUAUAAUUAAAGAACACACUGUUCUCGAGAUUAAAUAACACUUACACUAUGUUUGGUUCAUGGAAUUUGGAAGGAAAAGAAAAGAAAAUGGUUUUCCAUUA